AUGGAUGACCGACAAGGCUGGCCCGUAUUACCAGACUACAAGGAUCUUACUCGGCCAGGGUUGCCCACAGAAUUUGUGCUGUUCGGUAUUAAAUUCACGGUGGUUGACAACGUGCCACAACCUGAAGAGGAAUAUGAAGACUUGGAUAUAACAAAAAUAAAAGAGCUAAUAAACGAAUCACUAUCAUCUUUUAAAAAUCUGUUGAGGACAGGGGAGCGCUCUCAUUUCGAGCGAAUCAAAGCUGUGCAUCUUGACAUGAACAAUAUGAUCAACAGGGCGAAGCUAUGGGAGGGAAAGGUGCUGUUAAGAAAGAUGAAAAAUGAGAAGAUUGAAUGGAAGAAAAAGAAGAUCGCAAAAGUUAAAAGUUUAUUCUGAAGAACAUGGCCUAUCAGUGCGAUCUUCCAACUAUUCUAUCCUACCGUACCGGUGCAUCUAAGAAAAGUAUGUGCUUUUUCGUAUGUUCUCAAGAUAUUCGCUAACAUUCUUGC